AUGGCUCGAAGGACAGGAAAUCACGGAAAGGUUUGUUUUUUCUGAUGUAAUCUUAGUUCAUUGUAGAUUUUUUGAUUUUUCUGGAACGAAAUCGAUGGGAAAACAAAUGAACUAGAUAGUUUAAAGUCUGGAAUUUUAAUUAGAACCGUACUGUGUAAAACAUGGUGCAAACACAUCCUCGACGAAUGCGUCAUAUUUCACGACAAUCAUCUUUUUUUAGAAUGGUUUUUUGUCCUAAAUCCUUAUUAUAUUUUUCUUUUUUCUUGAGCAGUUUUCUUUUUUGUGAAAUGGAUGCAAUUUUUUUUUAGUAUCGCUUUGAACAGGUUUUUGUUACUUUGAGCAUUUCUUUCGAUUCCAUGGAAGAUGAUGUCUUUUGUAGAGAAAAAAGCUUUUUCCUAGUAAUUCUUCUUCGUCGACGGGAUAUUUUGUGCCUCUAGACAAAAAGUUCAUUGUUUGGAACCGCUUUUCAGUUUGUUUAGACGCGUUUCACACGUUUGCCAUCAAAAAAUUGAAGCCCUCACUUUUCGUUUUUCUGUUUUCCUUCUAUGAAAGUUAAGAAUUCUUCGAAUAAUUUUUAAAGACUCAGGAAAAAAAAAAAUUCAUACUUUUUAUUUACCCAAAGUUUUUUUUUAUGCUUGGCUUCGCAAAAAGCACUUGAAAUGUUUGUUUUUGAGCUUUUUGGGGUUUUUUUGCACUUAUUCAGAUCAUUUUUUUGUUGGUUUGUUUUUUUAUGGAGUUUGAACUUUAAUUAUAUCUUGCUAAUAAUGAAUUUCAGUUUGCCGUGGUUCCCUUCUCGCCGUAGUUUCUGAUAAGAUAUAAUUUUUGUCCAGAAUUAAUACUUAUGUUGAAAUUUAGAAGCUCCCUGCCUUUUUCUCUCUUUGGAUUUUUUUACAAUUUUUUUCCCCUUAUUUCACUUCAGUCGCUUGAUAGAAAAGCUGAUAAUUAUUUUUUUUCAAAGUAACGUUUCUUUUUUCUUAAAACCUAAUAAAAUUCAGAUUAAAGGGUAAAAAAAUUUUUUUUUGAGAUACGUCAUAAGUUCUUUUGUUUUGAAACCUUCUAGAUGUUGAAAAAAAUUGAGAAACUUAUUCUUGAAAUACGUUUUUUUAACAUCUAUUGGCGUUAUAAAAUGUGAUUGAAAUGUUUCUUGUCCAAUUUUUUGAAAUUAUAACGUUUCAAAACAUAAACAUUUCGUUAACCGAUACUUAAUCACCUUUUUUCGAGGUUUUCGAGGUUUUUGCGAGUUUUCAAAGUAAUCUCCUUAGAGAAGUUGAAUCAAUUGAAAAAAAAUAUGGGAGAAAGGGAAUUUCUCAAAAAAAAAGUUCUGGAGAGAUACGAGAAUUAGAAAACAAACUAAGAGGAACUACAGUAAUCAGCGCAAAUAUGGACUUGCAGAGCCGGAUUUUAUGUUUCUUCUAAACGAUUAAAAACGAUUGAGAAGCAUCAAAAUGUUAGAGUUAUUGAUUUGACAGUCCUCAAGCUUUUCAUUCGUCCUCAAGGGAGUUGGGAAACUGAAAAUUGAAAAUGAAAAGUUAAAAUUCACUAUUGGGUGGAUGGACUAACCCUAUAUUGAGGUUUUUGAGAUUCCUGUAGGGAAACAAUUUUUGAGUCAAUGCUAUCGCCGUGAGGACAUGAUAACCAAGUAAGGAAUCUGAAAAAAAAAUAAAUUUCAGUCCAAUAAGUAACUCUUAUCACUGAGGGGGGGCUGAUUGAUAUGAUAGCGAAAAAUGGGGUAUUUGAAAGGAAGAGCGGAGCACCAUGAUGGACUGACCAACAAGUGGUUAACGCUACUACUGCGCGAGGCCGAGCACCGCCGAAUGGGCGAUAUUGAUCGAAUCGAGCAGCUGCAGGCUGUUUUUCGUCUUUUGUCCUACUUUUCCGCCAGACUUCUGACUUUUUGCCCCUAAUUUUCAUUGAAGUUCUUCUAUGAGUGCUCCCUGAAGUUUUUAAAAGCUCGUAGGGUGAAAUCGCAGUAUCUAUUGACGCGAAAAACGUAUUUAGAUGUAGGAAGGUGAUAAGGAUUUGAUUUUCAAAAAUUUCUAAGAAGAUUUAAAUUUGAAAAAAUAGUUUUGCAAAAGGGAAGAGGAACAUUUUGAAGAGGUUUUGGAAACUUAUAUGAAGAAUCAUUCCAAGUUAUGUCCAAGUUUUCAAUUUUGGAUGGAAAAUCAGGUUUUUUUGUUUUGUCUAAAAGGAACUUCUUUUUCCUUCUUAUCCUUCUAGCUUUUUAACUUAUUUUUUUUUCGAUUUUUAGAAGAACCAAUGAUCAAACUUUUUUCCAAUGUUUUCAAAAGAGAGUAUUUAGGGGUAUAAUAUACUCUAGAGAAUUCGAAGCUUAUGUUCGAAAUUUAGGCUCUGAGUUUUUUUUUUACUUUUUAAGGUUUCUGAGCUGGAUUAUCUAACAAAAUGUUGGUUUUUUGAAUUUUAAUUUCCCUUUUUUUCUCUGAUUUCUCAGAUUUCAAAAACCUCAUAUCAUGGCUGAUUUUCCAUGAGCAUUAGAUAUAUCUUAAAAUUUCAUUAUUGAGAAUUUGGUUUAUUUUACAACAGUUUUGUGAUUUUUUGAAAAAUUUCUGUAUUCAUUUUCAAAGUGAUUUGACGUACGUCCCCCGUCUGCAUUUUAUCUAGCGCUAUUUACAAUUUUUCACUGUUGACGGAAGAUAACUUGUCUUCAAAAAAGUUUUUGGAGAUUCUGAAGGUCUUUUUUUUUGGGUGUAAACCAGUUCAGACCGGCAGGGAUCCGUCCGGUUUUUCGACAUUAUUGAAAUAACAAUUAUAGGAAAUACUAUAUUUUAUUUACUAAAAAAGGUUUUCUAAAAUUUGCCACUUUUUAAGAAUUUCUGGCAUUGGAACUAAAUUUUGUGUAUUUGCAUGUUCUAAUUUUGUCUCUAACAAAAGUUGCGGUGCACCCCGCGUCGAACCGGCCAUCGGGGUGCACCCCUCGUUGAACUCAGCGCGAUUGGGUGCACCCCGCGUUGAUGUUUUCGGUGCACCCCUGGUUACACUGCGGGGUGUAUCGGAAAGUUCAACGCGGGGUGCACCGCAACUUUUGUUAGAGGUUUUCUUCGAUUUUGCCAACUUUUUCGUACGGAAAAAAAACUCGUUGAUAAUAAAGAUAUCGCCCAAAAACUGCGAUCGGUGUUCGCACAACUGGAGCCUACAAUGUGCCGAACCGGACGGGCUGAACUGAUGUUUCAACGUUUUUUUGUGGGGAGGAGCGCUCUUUUCAUUUCUUUUUCAAUUAUUCAUUGAUUUGUUCUAUUUUUCGCAUUGAAAGAUUAGAGAAUAGACACAAAAAGAGCGGUAACCGAGCUUUUCAAAUAGUCGGUGACCGAUUGAAUUGAACUCGUGCCAAGAGCCGCGUACACACACGCUACGCGUUCCGCCUCCUUCGCCUUUCAAUUUGGGAAGGAUUGACUAAAUUUUGUUGGCAAGCUUUCUCUUCAGUUCCUUCAGUCAAAAAGUCGCAAGAAGAAUGAUUGAAAAUUCUCAUUUUCAAAUUCUGAAGAGCCGAUGAAUAUUCAAGACGUCUUUGUAUCCUUUUUUGACACAUCUGUGUCCUUUUUUCUACUCUUUUUUUUCUCUAUGGGAACCAAGACGUUGACGUAUCUCUGGGCCAUUGUUCAGGCAGGAAACCUGCGUUUUUUUCUUGCCGGCCAAUUACUUUUUCAAAUUUCGCUUCCUUUUCGAGAAAAAAUUGGGUCCAAAAUUCUUUUUUUCCAGUUGACAUUUAGGGGUUUGGUGGAGAUUUUUAGAUUUUUUGGAAACUUUCAAAUUUUAGGCACUUUUUGAGCGUAAUUCGUAUACAUAUCUGUUUCUAAUAAAACUCUUCCUUCCACAGGUUUUGAAAUGUUGUGAAAUUAUUUGAAACAAAAUAAAUGUUUUGUACACGAAAAGAGCCCUUUGAAACCUCAGUUUCGAAACCUCCUUCUAGAAGUUUUGUCGACCCCAAAUCGAGGACACAAAUUGGACACUUAAGAGGCGCUGAAACCCCUUGAGUGAUCACUUAUCACUGAAAAGACAUCUAAGCUUUCCGCAGAAAAAAGAGAUAACCUGCUUAAUUUUCUCGGUAGAGCAAACUUGCCGCUAAUGAGAACAGGUGGGCUUUUCGAAAAAGCCUCGAGAAAAUGUGGGCCUAAAUCUUUUUGCUGUUUAAUCCUGAUUGAUCAAAGUUUUCAUUUUUUGCAUUGUUUCUUGGGAUUUUAUUUUAGGAGGUUAUUAAUAUUUUUUUAGUGAUUUAUUUUUAAAAAAAUCAAGGUUCAUUUUUUUGUCUUGGAAGUUUCGCUUUCUCUAUUUUUUUGCGCUACUUUUUCACCAGUUUCAGUGCAAAUUAUGAAAAAUUUUUUUGAAAUUGCCAGGGCUUUUUCUCUGAGAAAAAAAUGUUCAAAAAUACCUCUAGAUUUCUAGAAAUGGAGAAAAAAACGAAGUGGAUAGUAAAAGGUCUAUUUAAGAAAAGCUUGGAAACUUUUCGACUCGAAGCCUUUCUAGUAUACCUUCUUUUCAGCCUUUCUAGUAUACCUUUUUUUGUUUUAUUUACGAUUCUGCGUGCUUCGUCAUGCACAUGAUAAGGACAUUUGGGGGCCGCUUCAUCUUUUUUUGUUUAGUUGGAGUUUUUGGUCGAGUCGUUUUAGUGGAAAAUAGUUUUGAAAAUUUUUUAAAAGAUAUUUUUUCUUGUUCAAUUCCCUUCAGUUUCGUUGCUCUCGUCCUUCAGCCCUGUGGAACAGAUGUCUUCACGGCCGAUUGGUCAUUAUUUGCUUUCAAUUUCAUCGCCAGAGAUACUUUUGAACUUCCUCAGUGUGUGAAUCUGUCUGGUCUGACCGAAAGAUGAAGUACACUUUACCUUUUUUUUUUGGUUCACUUCUAUUUUUGGACUUAGUUUCUUGAAGUUGAGCAGAUGAAAUCGGUAAUAACUGAGUUUAUUUUAGAAGGCCUUCUUUUUUAUUUUUUAAGUUUUGGUCACUAUUUUCUUGAUUUUGGGCGUAAGAAGUCGAGUAAAGUAUAUCGAUUUUACAAAAAUUUCGUUUUUUUUUGUGGUCUUCUCGACUUUUGGGAAUAGUUAUCUUGAAUAUUUUAUUCGGAAGACUUCCGUUCGAAGAAUUUCCUUGUUUUUUAGAAAGUUUUAAAGCUAUUUCCCCCACAUUAUGAUCAAUAAUCACCAUUUUCCUGGAGUAGUCCUUUUUCUUAAGCUCGAAAUCUUUUAAGCCUCUUUUUUGGCUUCUUUCAACAAUUUUUCAUUUUUCUGUUAAUGUGCUUUGACAUUCUUCUCUUCGUGAAGCUUUUCAAAAGUACACUGCAUUUAUUCAAGUUUUAAGGACGAAAAAAUACUUUACCGUUCUUUUUUUGUGUGUGUGGAAAACUAACUAUUUGAAAGUUUAAUAUCGAAAAAAAUAAUUGGUAUUAUUCGAAAAGGAUGUUUGGAUGAGUUUCAGACCUAAAAAUUUGAAAUUAUGGAAUUUUUUUCCGAUGUUCGGAAUCCUCUUGGAAAUAAGUGUUUCAUUUGGAUAAAUGAGCUUUUUUCAAUAAUUGCUUUUUUUUUUCGCAGAGCUCGGCGUCGGAAUUCGAUGAAACGGAGGGCUUUUCGUUUCAUGUGCCCGACCUACGAGAACGACAAUAUUAUCGCGAGGUUUUCCUUUUUUUCAUUUCUUACUUAUUUUGCAUAAUCUAACCAUUUUGAGGUCAUUUUUUUCUUUUUAGCCAUUUUCUAAUACUAUUCUGAACUUUUUAAUUUUUUUAGUUUUUUUGCGAGUUUAAUUUUUGAAAGAUAUUUUAUUUUAUUUGUAAAUCAUACAUGGGCUGGAUUCCCCUCAGCCUUUUUCGCGCGAAAAAAAAAUUCGAAAAUGUACUGAGAUAGGCCGCAUCCCGGGGUAGAGUCCCGCCCACGUACGAUGAAGGUUUUCUGUUUCUUCGCAAAGAUUUUUUUUUUAAUUUUCAAAAAAGUAUUCUACAAUAAGUCUUCUUCUUGCAAUUACAGUUUUGAUGAUUUUUGAACUUUUUUUUUGGAUUUCUCAAUACAAGUUAUUUUUUUUUCUUUCACAUUUUCAUUUAGCUUGAGACUGAUUUUUCGGUUUGAGAAGGAAAAUGUUCGAAACGUUUUUUUUUCAAAUUAUCAACUUUUUUGUUGUUUUAUUCAUUUUAACUAAUAAAGCCACUCAAAGCUUACAUUCUUCGGAAUUUAAUGACCUUCUCUUUUUUAUAUUUUUUGAACGAUCCUAUGGUUAUUGAUUAAUAAUGAUUAUUUUUUUCAGCGCUCCGUAGACAUCCCGGAGAGAGGCCCUGUAUGCACAAACAACACACCGCAAAACGAACGAAAGUUGGUUUUUCUCGAAAAAUAUUUCAUUAAAAGCCUCAUUUUUUUCGAAUUUGGAGACUCGCCGGACAAGUUAAAUAGCGACUUUUUUUCAGAAAAUUUAUGAAAUGCCUUUGAAAAUCGGUUUUUUACUGAGUUUUAUCAAUAAAGUUAAAAUGAAGAAGAAAACUUUUAAAGCUGUUUUCUAGUCUUUGUUGUACAAAAAGUUUUUUUUGCCUAAGUUUUUCUCUCUCAAAAUGUUCUCUUUCUCUAGAUUAACGAGAUUCAAGCUGAAUAUUCAGACAAAUUUUGCAAUAGUUCAUUUUGAAAAAAGGCGCAUUUUUGAGGUGAUUCUCUCUUUCGCAAGCCCAUUUUUUUAUUUUUUUAUUUUUUUAUUUUUUUAUUUUUUUGAUUAUUCAUUCCAGUUGAAAGCUGAACAUCCUGAAAAGUUUUGGUUUUUUUUUUCAAUGUCUCAGACUUUGAUCUCAAUUGCUUCCAGUUAUUCCGACGAAAUGCAACGACGGUUCGAAAAAGCCCGGAAAGACGAGGAGAAACUCCUCUCUUCGACGUCGCGGAACGACGUCUUCGAUGACGACGACGACGACGUCCUCGCGGUAGAGUAUUCAGAGAACUCGGGAUAUUUUGGACUAACUGAUAAAUCGAAAAAAAAUUUUUUUAAUUAAAAAUUUAUGAGACUCAAGCUAACAGAAAAUUGAGGAAUUCUCCGUGUUUUCUAUGAUUUUUUUUCCAUAACUUCUUUUUUUUGGUCCCUCAUUUUUCCCCAUAAAUUUACUAUGUUCAAUGAUCAUUAGAGAUCCUAAAAAGGUGUUCUAAAAAAUGAAUAAUAAAAAAUAACUAGACUUUUGGGAAAAACCAGAAAGUUUGUUUGCUAAAGAACAUUAACUUCUUGACUUUCAACGUUCACUGAAGAUAGUUUAGUGAAUCAAUUUCAAGUAAGAAACCAGUUUUUUUGUCGAAAUAUUGACUGUCUGAGAGUUUGGGACAGCAUUUUUCAUGUCAAAAGUUUUUAUUUCAAGCUCUGAAAAACGAAGCAAAAGUAAAUUUAUAAUAGAAAACGGAUAGAUUUUCCCAUUUUAACCACGAAAAUCGCAAGGAAAGCGCCUGAAAAGUGCACCCGACCUAUACGCGACUUGCGCGAUACCGGAAUUGUUUUUACGAGUAGAGCCAUUCCAAAUGCGAUCAGAAAUUAUCAAAUCGGGAGAAAUGAAGAAUCAUUGAAAAACGGAUAGUUCUUACCACCCAACGGAUAGUUCUUACCCUUAAUGAAAAAAAUAUUCUAAUUUUUCAAGCUUUUUAUCUGUCAUUUUUUUUCAAAAUUCUGAUGGGGUUUUUUAAUAGUAUUAUUAAGGAAUAAUCAAAAAUUCUAAUUUUUCUAUUCAAUAAUUUAAUCCUUGGUAAAAAGAGGUUGAAAAUUUUUUCCGUUGAAAUUUAUCAAUUUUUCAAUUGUUUUAAUCGAAAAAUUUUAAUUUUUCGACUUUCCUGACCCAAAGAACAGAAAUGACGAUUUUCUAACUUGUAUUAUUUGCUCUUGGGAUAAGUAAAAAGGGAAAAAUUUGUUUAGUUGGGUUUUUUUGAAAGGCUUUUCUGGUGACUUUAUUUGGUAAUAACAUGUGUUUUUCAUAUUGACGUGGAAAUAUAAAUGUAUUUUUUUGUUCUUUGGUUAUUAUUUUAUAUUUUCCCGAAUUUUUUUCAAAAAAAUUUCCUUUUCAUUAAAAAAAGGGGUAUAUUUGUGGGAGUUUUAGAAAAAAAGUUUUAAAGGUUUUGAAGUGGGGAAAUUUUUUUGAAAAAUGUGAACAUUUGGGCAGAAAAAGUCGGAAAUAUCGAACAUUUUUGGGAUUGAUGCUAAAAGCUGCGUUUUAUUGCGAUCUUUUCUUCUCGAGCCCACAUAUUCACCUUUUCCUGUCCCUGAAAAAUGAUGGUCGAAGUCUUUUUUUCAAACUAAAAAGAAAAACCUACACUUUCAAAGAAAUUCCAAAAAAAUCAGGUUUGUUGAUUUUCAAGUUAGAAAAAUUGUAAAAAGUGGAAUAUUUCCUUUUAAAAAAACUACAAAUUCGUCCUUUGAAACGAUAACUGACGUCAUGAGUUUGCCGCAACAUUGUAGAAAAAAAGUGAAAUCUGCAUACAAACCAGUACGAUUUUCCUGUGUUUGUUUUUUUGAUUGCCAGACGUGUGGCUAUUUGAUUUUUUUCCGUCCUUUUUUUGAUCACGAUCCUUGUAGGUUCUUCUUUUUACUUUUUUUAUUCUUAUUUUUUUAAAAAAAUGUCUAUGUCCAACUUCUAAAUUUUCUUUCUAUCAAAAUUUAAAGAAUUUUUCCAGUUGUUUUUGAUUAAAAACCUCUGAAAAAAAUAAAAACAUUUUUUUGCGUUUUUUUCCGAAUGAAAAAGCUCAUAAUCAUUCUUAGAAGUUCUUUGAAUUUCGUUAAUUUUUUUAGAUGAAGCCGUUGACAGUUCUCAUCGGUGGGGACAGUAAAAAGGCGAAAAAAGACGAGGAGAACGAAGACGACCGAUUCGAGAUGAAUGGAGAUUUUCUGAAACAGAUUCAGAAGAAACGGCGACGUCAUCGAAGGAGGAGAAGCGGUAAAAAAAUUAUUUGUUUCAGUUAAAUAGGAGUUUGAUCCGUUCUUUCAUGGAAUAAAAAAAGAAAAAAACCAGGUGUAAGAAAAAAAUAAAAAAAUUUUUCGAAUUAACUAAAGAAAAAGUAUUCGUUCCUGCAAUAAAUAUUUUCUUGUUUUUAGGUUAUUUUGGAAUUGUGAGAAAUUCCUCGAAUGACCUUGUAAAAUACUGAAAAUGGGGGAAACAAAAGAAAUUAUAACUGUGCGUUUUCGAAUAGAAAAAGCGAAGGAAAUGAAAAUAUAAGGGAGUUUGAUAUUUUUUGAUAUUCGAUGGUUUGGUAGUGUAUUCAUUGAUAUUGCUUGUUUAAAAAUAUAGUUUAUCGAGUCUACAUAGAAUUAAGAAAAAGUUGGAACUGUCAGAGUGCGUUUUUUUGAAGAGAAAAAAAUAUUGAAAAAAAGUAGAUUUUCAAAAAAAUGUUGUUUGAUUUUUCAUGAAAAAAAGUUUUUAAUUUGAUAAGAAAGUUAUUUCUUGUUCACAAAAUUAUGAGAAUUGAGGAAAAAGUAACUUUUUUUAUUUUAUUUAGAAGCUCCUUUUUGAAACUAUAAAGAAAUCAAAGUUCUUUUUACGCAGAGUUUUUUUGAUUUGUGGAGGAUUGAGCUAUUGAGCAAAUAAAAAGAAAAAGUUACUGUAUCGAAUUGGAAUCUUGAUAUAAUCUGUUGAUUUCUGUGUUUUUAGGAAAAAAAGUAAUGGCUCUAAUAUCAUUGAAUUGUCGUUCUAAAGUUCAAAAUGAUCAUUUUUUUGAAGAUUUUUUUCAAAAGUGCCUACGGAAAGUAAUUAAAGAUAACUUUGAAAAACCCAAAGAUUUGGGAAAAAUAGUAGUUUUCGAGGGAAAAAAAUGAAUAUUUUUUUAUUUAUAACCGAAAAAUAACCUCACAGUUCAUUUUUUUCAACGGAUUAUUUGCACCUUUUUUUCAGGUACCCAUCGAAGUUCACAAAUCUCUUUUUAUCCCUUUUUAGCGCAAAAAAAUCUGGAAAUCUUUGAAAGUUAAAAAGUUCGCGACAUUUUUUUGAAGUUGGAAGACUUUUCCAAAAAAAAGGAUUAUUUUCGUUAAUGCAAAAAAAGUUAUUCCUUUUUGAAAAUGAACUUCUGAGAUUUGAGAAUUUUCAAAAAAAUUUUUUUACAUAGUGAGAAGGAAAUCUUGGUUUAUAAAGUUUUGAAAAAAAAAUUCGCGAAUAUAUUAGCAGAGGAUUAAUCGUUUAGUUUUUUUAUUAAAUACUUCUCUUUCUUCUUACCUAAAAAAAAACAAUACCCUCUAUAGGGACCGCCUAAGUUUUACCCCUCUAGGGAGCACUUUUUGUCCCCUAUGUAAGCUUUUCCAGAAAAAACCCUAUAGGGGCCACUCAGGCGUUCCUAAGAAAGUGUCUUGGUUCUUUUUCCAGUCACGGAUGUAUGGUGUUGUCACAUUUUCCGAGGGGUUGUCCAAACAAUAAUUUUUUGUUUGUAAUAUUUAUUUGCAUUUCGAGUGUUAUUUUGACACUUUUUGACGUGCCUGGCUCUUUUUUGGUCCCCUUCGCACGCCAUUUUACUUUAUUCUGUCCAAAAUUUUGGACCUACUCUUUUUUUUAUCAUAUUAAACUGUUCUGAACGAUGCCCAAGGUUAGACGUGUGCACUUCGAUAGACAUGCGCACUCAGGUUAUUAAUUUUUAUCUUUUUUUGGGAUUAGUUUGUUGUUUUUGAAAUAUUUUUUUGGUAAUGUAGUUUUCUGCUGAGUAGAUGAAUUUUUUUAAAAUAUUUCUAACUUGAAAGUAAAGGAAAUCGGGGUCUUUGGGCUGUCUACAGAAAACCCUACGUUUUUGUUAAAACAAUUUCAAGGCUCCUAGCCCUUAAUUCUCGAAAAUUAUAGAGAACCUGUCUCAAAAGUGGAGAAAAUCAGAGUUUUUGGUUCGAUCUACGAAAAGCUUACAUUUCCGUUCGGUUGGAGCAAAAGCUUUCAAAAAAAAAAAUGACGGAGUUACGUUCAAUUUUAUAACGUUUCUGACCCAAAAGUGGAGAAAAUUGAAGUUUUUUAGUGAUUGAAACUCAGAAGCUUUGAAAAAGAAAAACCGAGUCAUGUGGGGCGGGGAUCCUUCUCUUAAAGCUAGUUUUGAGUUUUUGACAAAUUUGAGAGAAGUUUUUUUUUCCAUAGAAAAGAAACAAAUUUUCAAGCAAACCUCAAUUCAAGCGCUUAUUAUUAAGAGAAGAAGAAGAGGAAAAAAAAAUGCCGCAAAAAGAGCUUCCUGGAGACGUGCUCCAUUCAUUUAAAAAAAGGAAGUUUUGCACCUCCGCUUUAGGAGUAUUGGUAAAUUAGCCAUGGGGCGCGUUAGAUUACGUUUUUGCGGCUGUUUUUUCAUAUCAGAUCAGGAGAAGAAAAAUUUUUAAUGGAUUUAUAAAUUUCUUUUCAUAUAUUCUUCGCUUCAAGUUGUAUAUGUUUUAGGGAGCUUCACGGGCGGCGUUUGGCCUCGAAAGGGACACCGGAAUCGAUCCCUACUUGGCUAUGCAAUACCACCGCCAAACGUUCAUUCGACUGAUUGGAGGGAUAUGUUGGCGAUAACUGAUUCAAAAGAUGCCAAGCUAGCCGCUCGGGUACUUUUUUUAUUAGAAAUUACAGGAGUACUGCAUUUAGAUACUUUGAAAUUGUAGAAAAAGACCUACGCAAAAAAAACUUUGAAAUUUAUUUUUUCAAGUAAUUUGCUUAAUUUUGGCUAGGAGAUGUUGAAUUGACAGCAAGGUUAUCAUGAUCAGUAGUUUUCUUUGUGAAUUUAUAAAUUCAGAUUUGAAAUCAGUGGAUAAAAUUGGGUCUGGUGCUUCUAGUUUGAAUGAAGAGACCCUAAUGAAAAAGUCCAAAAGCUUUUCAAAAGUUUUUUUUCUGUUUCGGAUUCUUGGUUUUUCUCCUUGGAGAAAUAUCAGUGCGUUCCCUUUUUUCAAUCUUUGUUAUUAUAAGAGCCGAUUGUUACGGUUACCACAUUACCGUAACCCUUCGAGACAUUCCAACUGAGCCAGGUGUUUUGAAUCAGAAAAAAUAUCCUUCACUACAAAUUAUCUUUUUUGCCAAUAGCUUCAUUUUUUGGACCCAGAACCAUUUUGAGAGACUCAGUCCUCAAUUCUUUAUGUUUUCUAGUCUUUCCUCUUGGAGAAUUCCGCCGACGGGGGUUUUCCCGCUUUUUGUGUCGUUUCUGUGAUCGUGAAAAUUGGCUCGGUUCUCCGAAAAUGAUCUGUUUUGAUCAUCAUCAGCCAACUCAAACAAACCGGCGGCCCAUUCGGCGUUCGUCUCGGCUCUUCCAUUUCCUCGUUUUCCAUCUUUACUUUUUUUUUCCCGCGCACCUCCCCCUCAAAAAUAUGGGCGGAGCAUCGGAACUGAUCAUCUUUUUUUUUGCUUUGUUUCAAAAUCACCUCUGUUGAACAGCGAUACUGUAGUAGUUUUAAUUGGCCUGUUGUUUUUUUUCCACUCGUCAUGGGACAGGUUUGGGUUUUCUCUUUUUGCAGGCUUAUUUGUUGGUUUUUGUUGUCGAUAAUUUGGAAUGAGUAGAACUUGAACGAAUAAGCUAGGAAAUUGAACCCUUAAUAAUUUAUUAGAAAAAAAUCUGGCUAAUUCAAAAAUUUUUUUAAAAAUAUUCAUCAAUUUAUUCAGUAAUUUUGAUUUUACUUAAAAAAAUUCAAUCAUAAAAACAAAAAAAGGAGUUUUCAGUUGUGGUGGUAAAAAUUGAAUUCAUAGGAAAAAGUAUCCUCCUACAGUUCUUUUCUGCUUCGUGGAAGUUAUUUAAAACGCUUUUUUUCAUUGUUCUUCUGUAAAGAAUUCAGUUUUUAUAAGACCCUUAUAAAAAUAACUUCGAAAAAACGUUUUGAUUAAAUUUAUUUUGUUUGCUCCAUGAGCAAUCGUAAUUUUUCGAAUUUCGAGUCUUGCUGCCAUCUUCUUUUUAGCUUUCAUUUCGUUAUAUCUUUUUAAUUUUCAAUAAUAGUCGUAAAAAAAUCUUUAUUCUGACGUAUUUCUUCUAUUUUUACCUUUGAUAGAAGUUCUAAUAUUCAACCCGACCUUAAAACGGCUCAUAAAAAUGAAAAGUAUUAGUUCGAAACACAGGGCGAUCGCGACGCGUUGAGCCAUUCUAAAUGCACCCGAGUUUUUAAAGUUGGGGGAUUGAUUUAAUAAUUUACAUUUAGUAUUUUUAACAGUACUCUUUAUAAUGGGGGAACGUCUUUAAAAUCGAAAGUUUAAAAUAAAAUAGUUCGAAAACUUUUUUCCUGGCCUUGACUCAUGUUUUUUUUCCCUUUUUCGAUGUUGCGAAUCCUGAAAAUUGAUUACAUUGAGAAAUUUUCAGCGGCAUGACCGGUCAUGGUCAAAAUUUUCAUUUUGACACAAGAAAUAGAUGAUUUUACUCACCGAGAGAGGAGAAAAAAAUUGAAGAAAGAUUUUAAUCGAACCUGAAUCGAGAAAAUUGGAUAUUUUACGAAUUUUUUCAGGAGAAUUACCAGAAAAUGCAACUUAAUUUUUUAAAAAUUGAGAUCUUAAAGUUUAUAAGCCAAGUUUUUAAAAUUUUGAAAUCAGUUUAGGUACUGUAAAAAUCUUAAUAAAUCUGAAUAUUGAUACAUUCUACUUGACAAAAAGUCUUCUAAAUUUGGUAAAUUAUCUAUUUGUUUUGUCAGUACGUCAAUAGACAUAUAUUGAAUGAAGGAUCCUGAUCGCGCUGGGAAUGGCUCGACGUUUGGCUGCCACCCGACUUGAAACGACUUACGCAAAAGUUCAUCCUGAACCAUGGAAAGAACCUUCUAAGAUUACUGAUCUUCAAGAUAUUGCAACUUCUUCUAGUUUCCCAAGUUCUCUGAUUUUUGAAAUAAACUGGUCGUGCGUUUGAAAAAUUAAAAAUAAACACGAAUUUUGAUAUAAUUUCACUUCACGAAUAUUUCUAAAUCCCGAAUUUUCAUGUUUUUCUUUUCUAGACAUCAAUAAACAUGAUUUGAAUAAAAAAAUUGUAGUCCUUCUUGAAAUGGCUCGACGCUUGGCUGCAGCUCCUGACUCGAAAAAUACUUGCGCAGAAGUUUCAAAAGCUUCCAGAAGUCUUAAAACUUUUUCAGUUUCUCUGAUAUUUGAUAAAUUUCAAAGUAGAGAAUAGAAAGGCCUCAAAUACAGUACCCAACAUACUGUAUCUUCUUCGGCCAGCUGCUUUUUUUGCUGUUGUUUUUGGUGGUACGAGUCACGACGGCGAUAAAGAUCUUCUGAAGUUGUAGGGGCCCUUGUUUCGGUUGCUUUAAGUUUUUUUUUCCAUCUCCUUUUUGCCCCCUUCCUCUACCGAUUCUCACCUUUUCUUUCCUCUCGAUCGUCACCCAUUUUUGGCCUCGCGCUAUUGAAUUACAUCGGAUAGUGUUUGAAAUCAAGGAAAUGACGCGAUUUGGACUCUUCAUUUUUGUAUUUUCUUUGACUGCAAUUGGUUUUUGGUUGAGUUAGAGGUUAUAAAAGAGUUUUUGAAGAAAAGUUUCGAUCCAUUCUCUGCUAAUUUGGGGAAAAGUGGCUGUUGAGACAUCUUAACCUCUUCUUUUUGUAAACUGUUUGGCUCAUCUUGUCAUAAAAAUCGAUGUUUUUUUAAUCCAACGGUGAGAGAAGUUCGAUAACUUCUUUGAGAGAAUUUGAUAACUUCUGUCAUUUUUUUUAUAUUUUUCGGCUCUUUUUUUCGCUGAAGCUUGUCAGAAAAAAGUUGACGACUAAUUUUUUUCAGUCACCGUAGGAGCAAUUGUUUCUUUGAUCAUGUAGAACAAUUUUUAUUUACUCAAAAACCCCCAAGGAACAGAAAUUUUACGUCAAGAUUGCGCAGAUUUUUAUCUUUUGGAAUACAAAAAUCCUUAAAUUCUGGCAAAAUAAGUUUUUGGGGCAUGAAAAUUGGCGUUCUUUUAUUUUCAAAGUCUCUAUAUUCUCAUUUUUGUUCAGCAUGUCUCAACUGUAACGUCAGGUUUAAAGCAAUUUUCAAAGUUCGAAGUUUUUUCUGAAUCUCCGAAAUUCAAUUAUCUUUUUCACUAUCUGACGGCUGUGUUAAAUUUAGCGCAAUCAGUUUGAACACGACGUUUAAAAUUAAAAUUUUCAAACUCUUUUUUGCUCAUUUUCCCCCAACGAGGAAGUGUUUUAUCUUGAUUGAAGCAAAGUUUCUGGACAAAAAAUAACUUUUUUCUCAUUUCGUAGUAACCAGUUUCUUCGAAGUCGCUUCAAGGAAAGAUUUUUAUCUCAUUUUUGAUUUUGGGAGAGAAAUUUAGCUAUUUUUAAAGAUUUUUUGGGUUGUUAAGAGGGUUUUUCUCUGAAAAAAAUUUACUAUUUAUGGAAUUUGAAGUGAAUUGAUUAAUUUUGAGGCUACUAAUUUUUUUGACUUUGAUUUUUUUGUUUUUUUGAAGGUUAUCUUUUUUUAUUCUUUCAGUUUUUCCACUUUUUCGGGUUUUUUUACUGGGUUCACGGAAAAUUUCAUGUUUCAUUAUUAUUUUUGAUACGUACUAUUUAAAAGUUAUUUUUGAAGAUUGAACUUUUUUUUUAUCAUUUAUGAUAAAAAAUUUUUAAUUAGGUUGGAAAAUAAUACAUUUUCUUUUCAUGAAAUUUUUUUCAGCUGAUUUUCGAAUCUAGACAUUUUUUUGUCAUGUGAUUUUCAGAUGAUCAUACAAAUUUGUUUGUGAACAAGCUUAACCUCUAUUUUUUUAGUCCAUAUAUGAGGAAGUUGAGAUUUUUUUGGGCUGAUAAAAUGAUAAUUUUUAAAAGCUUUUUUUGAUAAGAGCGAUUUACUGAUGUUUAUUGUGUUAUUUGGUAGCUUGAUGAUUUGCUGUUUGAAGGUUUGAGUUUCUAAUUAUUGUAAAGUCAAGAUUUUUUUUAGUGAAAAUUUUUCGGUUUUUUUGAUUUUUUUGAAGUAAGACCUAAGAUGUUUCCAGUGUGAUUUUAAAGCUUUUUCCCACUGUUUUCUGUAUGUUCAGAUUCAAACCAUAAAACUUCCGUGUCGAGGUUUUUGUUUGUUGUUCUCCUAAUGGCCGAACAUUUUUGUGAACUUGCUCUUUCUUGUCAUUUUUUGACAAGAAAAAGCAAAAAUUCGAUUUUUGAAGGUGAAAAUGAUUAAAGAGGCGCUGGAAAUAAAAUGAAAAUAAUUUAUUGUUUGAGUCUUUCAGAAAAAUUGUUAUUUCCUCAUAUGCUUUUUUUGAAAAACUACUUUAGGUUUGAAUAUUUUGCAAGAUCCAAAAAGUUUCAAAUCAAAUUUUUUUCUAACCAUUCUCGAUUUUGUUGUUCAUUUUGUAUCUUCAACCAUCUUUUACGACUCGGUGAAAAAAAUCACGAGCCCACUGAAAUAAUGUUUUUUUUUUUUUAAGCUUUUUUUCAAACCUAUAAGUACAAUUUGAAAAAGAUUUUCUAGUAAAUUUUUUUAAUCAAAAAAAUACUUCUUUCAAAAAGAAACAUGAGUCUGAUAGCCAUGAGAUGAUUGCUCAAAAUGUUAUUUUUUUUACGGGAAUGUUUGAAUUCGUUCACGAUCCUUUCAGCUUUUCCGAAAAUUUCAGAGAUCGCUGAUUCCUUUCUUUAAGAAAUGGCAAAAGAAAAUUCAACUCCUUACGUUUCGUUUGUAAUUUCGAGAAGGAAAUUGAAAAAUAGAAUGUUUUAUCAGUACCUGUUUUUCAACCUCAAAAUAAUCAAUAGAUGGCCAAAUUUUGCAGCUGGGCGCUGUAUCAUCCAUUCGAAAGGCAACGGAAACGGCGGAAGGCGCGUCGACCUCCGGGGGCGGCGCGCCGGCCGCCGCCAACGUCAUCAGCCCCGCGAUGACGUCAUCCAGUGGACAGUUCGCCGGGUCGAGCGCCUCCGUUCCGGCGCUCUUCAGCCAGUACCGAUUUUCCACCUCGAACAUGGUUGGUGGUGAGAAAGAGAAAGACAAAAAGAAAAGUGACCAUUCAAGAAGCAGUUGAGAGCUUCAGAAUGGUGUCUCCUAGAGGGAUCACUUUAGAUAUGCCAUGUUGACAAAUAAACGGUUGUCAAAAUUGUAUCGAAGAAAUUAAUUUCUCUUAAGUGGUCAAGCGCUAUCAGGUCAUUGUGAAAAAGAGGAAGUGACCACUUAAGAAGAACCUGAGCGUUUCCCAAAAUUCUCCUAUAGUGAUCAUUUUGGAUUCGCUAUGUUAUCUGAUAAAGUUUACCCGAAAGUUCCUUGAUCCCGAAAGAGGCUACUGAAGAGAAGGCCUUUACCGAUUCUCGACCUCGAACAUGGCUUUUAGUCGAAAACAGGAAGAAACAAGUGGUCACUUAAGAGAAAGCUGAAAGCUCUAGCAAAUUCUUCUAAAGUAGUCACUUUUUACAAACCAAGUGGCUGCUUCAGAGAUACGAUAAAACUUCGAGGCUGUUCAUUUUUCAACUCAUCUUAAAUUUUUAUCUGAAUAAAAAGCCUUGAAACCCUAGUUAGUUGGAAAAAUGAGCUCAUUUUAACUUUCUGCAGUCGUUGAACCGCGCAAACUGGAUCCUGGAGACGUUCACCCGACGCGAAUGUGCACGAUUCAUUCCGACGCAUCGUGACGAGAGAAAGUUGGUUAAAAUCCGACUUUGUAACGCUACUCGGCAAUAUUAAAACGUGAUAUAUCCAUUUUGAAGAUGUGGGUGUGGAAGGCUGAAUGCGGCGCAUCUGGACCUGCCGGAACUCACUUCGCAGUAUCUGAACCAGAAGAAGAGCCUGGCGAUGAUCGAGAGAUCGCGGAGUGUCGCCGAGAGCGAGGCCGACAAAGAGAAUAUCAAGGCGAUCAGUGACUGUGUGGUGAGUGGAGGGGUAGACCGUAGACGUAGGCGGCUAAAGGGAACAUCUAAAAAAAAUGAAUAGCAUUUAGAAGUUUCUCUGAUGAUUUUGGAUGCCAAAGAGCGCAAGUAGUUACAUGUCGGUCGCGAAAAUAAGCUUUUCAGUUUUUUUCCAAAUGCGACUAGCGUAAAUCAUCCUGGUGAGACCGCAUUUGGAAUGGCUAAACACGGAAUAGCUAGAAUUGACCUAACGUUCCCUUUUAGUCGCGUUUGGAAUGGCUGAAAAAAGCCUGUUUUGGGUCUCUCUGAUUUAUCUCGUUAUAGAGUUUUCUUAAAAGCUUUGAUGAUUUUUUUUUACAGUCUAUAUCGCCACUCCAAAAAGAUUUUGUAGCUAUUUUUAAACUUCUGAAAGAACAUUUUUUAAAGUCGAAUAUUCUAUUUUUUUGAUCAUGAAUUAUACGGAAUCUCUCGUUCCUAGGAACGUCGACAGAACAAAGGACCCAAUCACCAUCAUCGUUGGAGCAUGAGGAAACAUACCGUUUGUGUUCCAACUGACGCUUUUGGCCAGAUCGAGUUUCAAGGUUGGUUUCGGAAUGAGUACCGUUUUUUGAAGUUUUUUUCUUUGCACUUUUCAAAUCAGGUUUUUUUUUACAAAUUUUCAGGCGGACCUCAUCCCUACAAGGCGCAAUAUGUUAGGAUGAAUUUCGACACUGAGCCAGCCUACAUCAUGUCGUUAUUCGAACACGUUUGGCAGAUCGCCCCGCCUAGACUCAUUAUUACUGUCCACGGUGGUACCGGCGAUUUCGAGUUUGUUCAUUGUUUUCAAUGAGUUUUAAAGGAUAAAUUUAAGUUUGCAACCGAAAUUGGCGCGAGUCUUCCGCAAAGGUCUGCUGAAGGCGGCGACGACGACUGGCGCCUGGAUCAUCACCAGUGGGUGUAACACGGGCGUCGUGCGGCAUGUGGCAGCCGCCUUGGAAGGUAGUGAGAAGGAUGUUUUUGAAUCAAGAGAAAGACUGCUGUUCUUGGUUUAAAGGCGCAUAAAUCAUUUAUUGAAGGUCUCGAGGUGAAAAGUCGUCUUAGUGUCGUUUUUAGGUUUUUCUGGAUUUUUAACCCUCAAAAAACUCAGCAAGAAAAGACAGAAAUAAAAGUUGAAGGCUGUAGAGUAGUUUUUCCAAUUCAUGAAAAAAACUGUUUUUCAACUUUUCUGCCUUUUUUUCGUAAAUUAGAGUCUGUUCAGGGUUAUUUGAAGAAAAAUUUUUCUUUUCGAGAACUCGCGACUUUUCAUCUUCAACCUUGGUUUGGUCUAAAAUUUUUUUCAGAACGUGUGACUUUCCAAAAAAAAAAUUGUAUGAGUCGGAAAAAAGCGAGAGAAGUUGCUGAGUUUAACCAGAGCAGUCAAAUUGCGGAAAAUUGAAUGAACCCUAAUAUUUUUCAGUCGCUGGAUCAGCUCAACGGAAUAAAAUCGUCUGCAUUGGGAUCGCCCCGUGGGGAAUGCUGAAGAAGAGGGAAGAACUUAAGGGCGAGGUCCGGCUUCCUUUUUUUUAGUUCUAGAAAUCUGUUCUUUUUUAAAUGGUCCGUUUUUCGCGACUUGAUGGGACUUAUUUGCGCCCUCUUCGUCUCUCGACGACUCUCUCAUUUUUACCUGAUGUUUUCACGUUUCUCUGACCUCGCCGGUGAGGGAACAGAGAGACGCAGACACUCAGAAAAUCGUCAAAUCGCGGCGUACGGGCUUGCAUUCAUAAAUUUAAAUUCUUCUUUUUGAAACUGAAUAAAAUGGGAAAACCGUUUUGCAGGACGUGACGGUACCUUACUAUCCAGUUUCAGCGAAGGGUCGGUUCACGGGUUUGAAUAAUCGACAUUCGUACUUUCUGCUCGUUGAUAAUGGAACUGUCGGAAGGUGAGAAUGUAAAAAUGAAAAGGAAAGAAAAAAAAAACGUGGCUAGUGAAUUUGCUGUUUCUUCGAGUGUUUUAAUCAGAAUUAGAACUUCGGGAUUGUUUUCGGGGCGUUAUCCAGUCCUAAAGAAAAAAAAUAAGGAUAGAGGGUUUUUGGUUUUUAAGGACUUCAGAGUGGUCCCUAUACAGCCGACCUUAGGGAACUUUUUGGGGUUACCUUCUAGAGACCAUUUAGCCUCUCCCUAUAGGGACCACUAAAAAUUGCAAAGCCGUUUAUUCAAACAAUAUGAGAAGAAUAAUUUUCAUGCUAAAAACUCAAUAAAUAAGCCUAUUUGAAGGAAAACUAUCAGAAGAAGACCUAAAUUUUAACUUUCUGGAAUGUUUUGUCCACUAAAGGGACUUUUAUCCCUGAGCCCUCUAGUGACCACUGUGACUUUCCUAAGUAGGGAUGUAUGAAAUAACCGUAAAUAAUAAAAAAGGUAUAUUUGAAACUUUAACCAAAAAGUAACCAUAAAAUAACUUGAAACCCUGAAAGUUGACCAAUUUUUAGAUACGGCGCAGAAGUGAUCCUAAGAAAACGGCUCGAAACGUACAUUUCGCAGAAGCAGAAGAUUUUUGGAAGCACCCGAAGCGUUCCUGUGGUUUGUGUGGUUCUGGAGGGCGGAAGCUGCACGAUUCGAUCCGUUUUGGACUAUGUCACCAAGUAUAUUCAGAGGAUUUUGACAAGAAAAGUCUGAUUAGGGUUCUUGAUUUUGAAAAAUACAACAGUGCUGGAGAAAUUUUUAGUAUUUCUUCAAGGUUUCGAUGUUUUAUUGACCUCUUAAGUGUCUUAAACUCAAUGACCUAUAGUUGGUACUACUAGACUAUCCAAAAGUUAAAAAACUUCUGUAGAGGUGGUCUUAGUGGCCACUGUAGUGUCCUCUCCAAGUAGUGCUUGAGGAAUUCUUAAGUGGCCACCAAAGUGUUCCCAGCAGUUUGAGAGGAAAUCGAAGAUAAUCUCUCAAAGUAACACCCGAAAAAAUUUCCUAGUCGAUUUGUAAUCGAUAUUUUGAUUUGCCUUUUAAGUGUACCCCGAGUUCCGGUCGUCGUUUGUGACGGAAGCGGAAGGGCAGCCGAUUUGUUGGCUUUCGCUCAUCAAACUGUGGAGGAGGAUGGGUAAGAUUCCUAUGAUGAUAAAAAGAAAACUUUGAAAAAAAUUCAUAUCUCAGAUUACGAAAAGGUUUUUUUGUAAAAAAUUACUUGAUUUUUUUUGAGAAGCGUUACUCAAUAGGACAUUAUAAAUUUCACAGUUUUUUGAACUUUUGAGACGAUUUCCUACUGAAGAAAAAGGUCAGUUAGUUUCUGAGGAGACGCCAGAGAAGUUAUGUAGUUCUUGUUUCUCAGAAACCUCUUGAAGAAGCUGAAAUAAAUUGAUUCAGAUGUUUUGGAGUCUAGUCUUUUUUCCGAAAAUACGGUAUCGAAAAAGAAUAGAGUGAUAUCAACACGGGGUUCCUAUUGUAGAAGCUUGCCGGAAGGAGUUCGACCCCAACUUCACACUCUUGUCGAAAGAGUUUUCGGCUGUACUGGAUCAAGUGCUGACCGAGUACUUCAUGAGCUCAUCAUUUGUGCUCAGCAGAAGAAUUUGGUAAGGAUUCGGGCAAAUGUUUGGUGUAUUUUCCAUUACGACUUUGGAACGCCAGAGUGUUCCCUAUAGGGGAAACCGUAGGGCCCUUUGGGUUUUCCCCUACGGUCCUUUUCAACGCCCCUAUAGUAAGCAUUAAAACUUGCAAAAGUAGCCCCUAUAGGGUAGAGUUUUUCGUUGAGUGUUUUUUUAAAUGCUAUCCCUGAGAAAAAAGCGAAAAACUCAAUAAACCACCGACGAAAAUGUGGACAUAAGAUGGAUUGGUCAAGUUUAAUAGAGGUCAGACCUAAAAGGAUCACUUAGAUUUCGCCUCUAUAGGGAGAAUUUUUUUUGUCCCUUAUCAGUCGGAAAAUCCUCCUUCCGGUUUUGAGGUACCCGGAGCUUUUGUGAGUUAAAAACUUUGGGGUUUUACAAAUUUGUCAAAUUCAAACAAGUUUGAAAAAAAGAGAAAAAGUUUGUUUAAGCUAACAAUCUUUCGACUUGGGGAGAAAGGCGAGCACGACGUCGACCACGCGAUCUUGACGGCUCUUCUCAAAGGCCAGAAUUUGUCCCCUGCUGAUCAGCUCGCCCUGGCGUUGGCCUGGAACCGUGUCGACAUUGCCAGAUCCGACAUCUUCGCCAUGGGACAUGUAAUUCGAUUUUUUCGUAUCAAAUAUGUGUCCUUCUCUUCAAAGCCGUUAUUGGCAAUUUCCCAAAGAUUAAACUGAACGUUUCAGCCGAGAAAGGGAAAGCCCUGAAGAAACUACUUAGGCGAUAAUCAGCUGUAAUAAGUUUAAACAUGUUCGGAGGGAUGAAAAGUAGAGUCCUAAUCAUAAUAUUAGAAAAAUACAGAAGGAAGCAUAUUGAGACGCUUCUUUAUCAAUUCUAAGUGUCGGACUUCAGGAAUGGCCCCAAGCGGCGCUUCACAACGCGAUGAUGGAAGCUUUGAUUCAUGACCGAGUCGAUUUUGUCCGUCUUCUACUGGAAAAUGGCGUCAAUAUGCAGAGAUUCCUGUCGAUUUCGAGGCUUGAAGAGCUGUACAACACGGUUCGUAAGGAUUGCCAUUUUUAGAGUUUUUGAACUGAAUAAAGUUUUUCGAUACUUUUUUUUCAUAAGAGGGCAAACGAAAAUAAGGAAAUUCUUGAUGGAUAUUAUUAUUUUUCUUUUCAAGAAAAAAAAAAUUUAACAUUUCUUAAGAGCUAAAAUGAUACUUUUAUUAAUUUUUUUAACCAACUGGUGUGUUAAGGAUUGUAUAAAAAUACUGAAUUCAGAUUUUUUAAAAAUGAAAAAGUAAAUGAAAGGAAAUGCAUGAAAGACCCAAGAAAAUGAGAGAUUUUAUUUUUUUGCGAAUGUUUUUCACAAAUUCAGAAAAAAUUUUUCAAGCUUUUGAAAAGUUCAGCUGUCUAUAUUUGAAUCAUAUUCACUAAAAGGCAACUUCGAAUAUUUUGACAAAUUUUAUUCCAAAAAGUACAAGUUUUAAAUUUUAAACCCGAUUUUCAGGACAAAGGACCACCGAACACUUUGUAUUACAUUGUGAGGGAUGUCGUCAAAGUGAAAAGCGGGUAUCGAUACAGGUAAACUGCUUUUUUUUUAAUAUUUAAGAACAGUCUGAAAAUUAGAAAUUUCCAAUAAAUUUUUUUAGAAGUUUCAAAAAAGACCCCAAACUGCGGUUAGUUUCUGGAUGUUGUGUGGUUUGUGAUAGUUAAAGUCAAAUAAAUGUUUUUUUUUUCAUUUUUUGCCAUGGUCGCAUUUGGAACGUUUCACUUUUUUUAAGAAUGCGCCCGACCUUUUGCGACUUACGAUUUGGUCUAUUUUUUUAUAUGAAAUAGCGAUUUUUUUAAUCUUUGAAAGCUAGUUAGAAUCGAGGAGGUAUUUUAAGGUGGAGAGGCGAGAGAAAUCAUAGGAUCUUCUCACUUCUCUGGACUCUCCUCCUUUGAAAGCUCUCUAGAUUUUCCCUAGUUUUCCCAAAUCGAUGAGAUUUAUAUUCAUUCCUUCCUGUGUAAAAAAAAAUCAAGUUGAUGGGUUACUGUUUCGGAUGAACUUAUGCACAUUAUUACCGUAAUUUUUCAGACUGCCGCAUAUUGGAAUGGUUAUUGAGAAACUGAUGGGAAACGCCUACAGAUCUCUGUACACGUCGAACGAGUUCCGGGAGAAGUACCAGACGAUUAUGAAGAAGUUCAAGGUAUGAUCAAAGAUCUGAAAAAUAGAUAUUCCCAUUCGUCAAUUCUUCCAGGCUCAACACAAGCAAAUGCGAAUGAUGAACCAGAACCGCAUGGCGACUGGCUCGGUGCCAAUGUCGCGUCAAUCCACCGAACCGGCCUUUUUUGGCAACUUUGGCAACCAAGAUACGAUCAGCGAGCCCGUCGGAAUCUCCGUUUCGGCGUUGAGUGGAAGUAGAGCCCUCAGCAAUCACAUUCUUUGGAGGAGUGCCUUCCGGAGAGAUGUAUGCGUUUGGAGUUUUAGCCGAUAAACUGAUCGAAAGGGUACUCAGGAUCGCCAGAGUGGUCACUAGCGGUGCAAACUUAGGGGGCCUUGAAGGUUGCUCACUAGGGACCGACAUACAUCUUCUCUAGGGGUCACUUUUGCAAGCUUUAGUGCCCUUUAAAGGUGCUGUUUUCCCCUCUAGGGAGCACUCUGGCGUUCCUAAGUUAGUCCGUUUUCCGCAACUUGGAAGAAUUUCUCAUCAGAACUUUUUUUUCGGCAUUCCAUUUGGCGCAAUGUUUUUAAAGUGCACUCGACCUGAAACGAUUUACGCAAUGUAAUAUGAAAUUUUAGGCAGAUUUAUGAUUGAUUAAAAUGAUCAAAGCAAAUUUUUUGUUGACUUAUUAGUCUUUGCAGUACCCAAUCAACCAGAGUUCGAUGAGGCCGCCGAAUCUGAACGAUUCCAGAGACGCCAAUAGUGAAGUUGAAGAUGGUAAGAGCCUCGAAUCAAGCAAGGAACAUUUGGUCCAGUUGCAGAGAGAUCAACGAUGGACGGCUCUGAGAUCUCCCACAACGAAUAUCAAUUCCGGUAUCCGUACAGCGAGUUGCUUUUGUGGGCCGUCCUGACCAAAAGACAGGAGAUGGCCCUUUGCAUGUGGCAGCAUGGCGAGGAGGCCUUGGCCAAGGUGCUUUGAAGAAAUAACAUUUAGGAAACAGAGAGUAAAUGAAUAGGAAUGGAACGACUUUCUGCCCUUGAUGGUUCUGAGCCAAACAUGAAGAAAAUAUCGCAAUUUUUCAAUCAAGAAUUCCAUUUCAAGUUUUCUUUUUUUAUAGAAAAAUGUCUGUCUUCAAUUUUUCUGAUGUUUGGAGCCGAAAAAUUAAAAGAAAAACCGCUAAUUUUGUUUUUGAAGUAGUUCUUAAAACUCCUGUCCCUCUCAACUUUUGGAAAAAGUUUUUUUUAAAAAAAUUGUUUACCUCAAAGUAACUAGGAAAAAGAGGCCGAGGUGAUUGGACUUUAUCUAUGAAUUUAUUAAGGUCAUUUUUCUCACUUUUAAAAUCUUUUCUGAAGUGUUCUGGAUUUGAGGCGCUUGUCGCUUGCCGACUGUACAAAAGCUUGGCUACCGAAGCGGCGGAAGACUACUUGGAAGUGGAGAUUUGCGAUGAACUGAAGAAGUAUGCAGAGUGAGUUAAGAAGAUUUCAACUCAUUCUAAGUAAAGUUCGGAUUGAUCUUUUAGUUUCUAAGAAAAUAUCAUACAAGAAGAAACAACUUUGUAUAUUGUCAUUUCCUAUCAGACUUUUAUUCUCUUUUCAUGAAAAAAUUUUUAGUUCAUGGAAAAACUUUCCCGUAGAGAUUCUUUGCUAGCUUGAAUUAUAUUUCAUUUUUUUCUGUAAAAAAACGAGCUUCAGUCAAGUUCCGUUUUAGAGAUUCCUCGGAACUGUACAAAAAAAACCUUCUGCUAGUUUGAAUUGAAGGAAAACUUGCUCUUUUCAGGAAAAAUGAACCGUAGCCAAGUCUCAUUUUUCAGAGAGUUCCGGGUCCUUUCCUUGGAACUUCUCGACCAUUGUUAUCAUCACGACGACGCGCAGACUCUCCAGUUGCUGACUUAUGAGCUGUCAAAUUGGAGCGAUGAGACUUGCUUGGCCCUGGCUGUCAUGGUCAACAACAAGAACUUCUUGGCCCAUCCUUGGUUAGUGAUUUGGGGGGCGGAUUAAAGCUGGAAAUUAUAGAAAUUCAAAAAGAUACGACCAGUAAAAAUCGCCUUCAUAGAACUCUUUUUUUUCCAGGUUCCGAACAUCUACUUUAAAUUUCGCAAAAAAAUUAUUGGAUUUUUUUAUAAAUUAUUUUUUUGGGUUUGGAGACCGCGCAGUUUUCAAUUAUUAUUGAAUGAGUCUUUUUACUUAUUCUUUAACUUCAAUGUGCGGGUGUGUCAUCAAAAAAACUCACGUGUUUAUUUUAUUUGAGUUCUUAUAUUCCCUACCGCUUUGAAAAAAUUGGAUCGAAUUCUUCUAUACGUAGAGAUAAAAAAGUUCUCUCAAAGCUUUCUUAUGAAAGAAAUGAAGAAUCCUUGUAACAUGGAAAAAUAGAUACAUCAUUUUUGAGGCUCUCUCUCUUUUUUUUUUACAAAUUUUAUGCCGACUUCGCAGUUUCGUCUUUCCAUUUUAUGUUUCUCAAGGACUUUAUUAGGUUGAUAUUGAUUUUAGAGGUAGUCUUUUUCCAACUGUUUGAGUUGACAUGCAAAAAAGUAAGUUAAUAAAUCUUCCUGUGAGGAAGAAAUUUUUAAAAAUAAUUUUAGAUGCUCAUUCUCGGUUAAAGUUAAAGGAAAAAUCAUAAUAUUUAUCUUCCAGUUGCCAAAUUCUUCUUGCCGACCUUUGGCACGGCGGUUUGCGCAUCAGAAGUCAUUCCAAUGUUAAGGUGCUCCUAAUAAAUCAUAAUAUCAGAAAAAUAACUUUUCAAAAAAAAUUUGCAGGUAGUUGGAGGCCUUGUAAUGCCCCUGUCGAUCCUAAUGCUUGAGUUCAAAACCCGCGAGGAGUUGCUCAACCAGCCGCAGGUCUUGAGAAGAAAGCAUUUUCCAAAAAUUCUGAAAUUCAGACGGCAGCUGAACACGAGCAGGACCUGAACGACUCGAGCUCCUCGUCCGGAAACUCGUCCAGCUCCUCGGAAGACAGCAGCUCCAGCUCUUUCGAGGAUGAUUACGACGACGAGUUGACACCCGGGGAAACGGUCAAGGAUCGAAGAAGCCGGAAGCAGAGUCAUGGCAGUGUUUCUUCGUUGAACCUGCCUCCGACUCAUAUCGGAUCGGUAAGGAUGAAAAGAAGAGAAAGCAAGAAACUUGAAGCUUCCGGACCCCGCGGGGCGGGAGGAAGAAAUUCCGAACAAUUGACCAAACUUUUUCGGAAAUUGAGGUAUAAGAAUAGUUCCCUGAGGGAAUUAGUAUUGACUUUGAUUUUGCAAGACUUGGGAGGAACCUGUGACAACCUUGAGUUUUCAAAUGGAAAAAGCUCUCAAAUCAUAGAGAAGGCUGACAGUAACUUUACACUGUAUGAUUUUUUAUGGGGUCGUGAUUUUUUUCUAUGACUCAAGCCAUCCGUGAAUCGGCUGUAUUUUUCAGAGAGUUAACCUUGACUUUUUCGAUUGAUUUUUUGCCGUUCCGAACGAAUUUUGAAACAACCGUAAAGCACUCGUGAUUCAUUCUGAAUUUCUUGAUUCCUGAACUCGAUUCUCUUUCCAGCUGUUCGCGAGCAGUCGUCAUAGGAAAAAACGAAAAACAGAUCGCGACACGGACGCCAGCGCCAACGAAGCUGGUCGCAUUGGCGCCAACGGCGGCAACGAAUACGGUACUUUUCGUGGUGAGCAUGGCUGUCGCUUCAAUAAUCGCAUGUCUUCUAAUCAAACCUAUACUAUCCUAACUUUUGCAUGAGCUUUUUUUGGUUGAUAAAAUUUUUGGUAGACUCCGUCCGCCGCGAUGAAACUUUCUGCGUGUCUGCGUCUCUCUGUUCCCUCACCGACGAGGUCAGAGAAACACGUAAAUAGCACGUAAAGGCGAGAGAGUCGCCGAGAAGCAAAAAGGGUGCAGAGAAAGACAGCAGUUUAAAUUCGCGGCGAACGGACUACAAUUGAUUUUUUCAUCGCUAGCUUUAGAUGAAAAGAAAGUGAUUUUGAAUUUGAAAAAAGACAAAAAAGCAGUUCUCUUGGUGAUUCGAAAUCUUCCCUCAAGAAAAGAGUCUCAAAGUUUGGAAAGUCUAUCUGAUUGGGGUCAUUUUGGAUGGUAGAGCAUAAGCCCCGAAUAUUUUUUGAAGGAUUUUUUGAUAAUUUUUCAAAACGGCUUGAAAAAAAUCCAGGUUCAAAGGACUUUCUCGGGUUCCUUGAGCUCUUAUUUUGCAUAUAAACGUGCAAAAUUUCAAGCUGUGAACUAGUCCUCAGUUGAGUCCUUGAUUAUUCACAAGGUUAACUAGAAUUUUGUGAGAGACUCAAAAAUCUAUGGCGUUUUUUUCCGUCUGAUGCUGGCGGUGAAUGGACUGUGACUUAAAAAAGAGGAAAAACGAGAAACUUUUGAAGUGAACUCCGUUUCGCCGGACCGACCGAUCCAACUUCGACACCGCACCCGACACUCUUCCUACUUGGCUGGAAAAUCGGAUGACACCAAAGUUUCUUCGGUUUACGGGUCGAAUUGUUGGUUUUGUUUUAAUUAUGUUGAAAUCAUGAUCUCCCUCUUUCGCCUCGUUUUUUUGCCGGUAGAUGAUCCAGUCGCGCCUCGACGAGCUCCGAAUCAUACAUCGGCUAAUUCGCAUCCCAGCCUUCUGCGCGCGAAAAAAAAUUUGAAAAUGUACUGAGAUAGGCCGCACCCCGUGGUGGGAUCCAGCCGACGCAUGCUCCGAAUGUAGCUGAUAUUGUAGCUGGAGCUCUAAAGUCGUGCUCCGGGGGAGCCUCGAAAAGAGAGCGACCACACAAGACGGAAGACUUUUCGCGGAGUCAAGGCUUUACAGGGGAUCUUAACUUUCUGUCAACUUUUUCAGAAACAUAUUGUUAAACCCUUUGAGACUUGAGUGAGUCCAAAACCUAGAAAAGUCCUCAAACAGUUGAGAAACCUUCUUUAGACCUAAUUCAACUGAAAAACUAAUCUCAGCGGUCAUUGCCAAUGCCAAAUCUCCUGUGACGUCGUUGAUCAAUUCCAAGGCGUUUCCGAUCAACAGCAUCCUUCCUGGCUUCCAGAGAACGGUAAAACGUUUUCUUUAUCCUCAACGAAAAUUAAUUGACGUCUUGAUAUUCCGGGAAAUCGAUAAACAAACUUGAUUUUCGUGAAUUUGACAAGGGAGGUUGAAAUUGAAGUUUCCACAUUUUUUGCACAAGAUUUUAUGUUUUGUAAUACCAAUAAGUUUUUGCAAGAGUCUUGUUUAGAAAUGUUUUUGAGCGAAUUUCAACCAAAAAUUAUCUAUCACAGCAGCUCUUAUUUGUCUUUUCAAAGUGAGGGAAAAUGGAGUACAGAAAAAACGUUUGUUUCAGAGACCAAUCAAAGUCCGUCGACGAUUCUACGAGUUCUACGCGGCGCCGAUCACUACUUUCUGGGCCUGGGCCUUGUCUUUCGUCUGUUUCAUCAUCGGCCUGACUUUCGUGCUGCUGGUGAGGACGCCGCCGAAGCCGUCGUGGCUCGAAUGGACUCUUUUCGCCUACGUCGUCUCCUUCGGCAUGGAACACAUGCGCAAGGUGGCUACAAGAGAAUGAACAAAAGUCGAAAGAAGCUUUUCAGUUGAAAAGAUUAUGGAAGGCUUUUUUUACUGGAAAAAAAAAUUCAAGUAGAAGGUUUACGGAAGAUCUGAGAAGAUUGUCGGAGAUGCUUAAAGGACUCACUCUUUUCUGAUAUUACGAAGAACUGUAGAAAUAUUUUUUUUUGCACUGAAGUUUGACAAAAAUCGAGCCCUGUUUCAAUUUUUAUUCUUCAUGAAAAAUGGGAAGAUAUCGAGUUUGAAAAUUGUUGAAGAUUGGAGAGUCACUCAAAGUUUUUUGAUUUUUCGCUGGAAUUUAAGCUCUUUCCGGGUCAUAAAUAGUUGUAGAAUAGAGCGAUUUCUGACCAAGUAAAUUUUGGAUAGAUUCAACAAAAAGAAAUGAAAAACUGGAAAAUUUCCAGAUGUUCAUGUCGGACAUGAAGCCGUUUGUCGAAAAGCUCAAGUUCUUCUUUUUCAAUUGGUGGAAUUCCGUGACGAUGGUCGCCGUGUUGCUUUUCAUCAUUGGAUUCGUGAUUCGAGUCUUCGGGUAUAUAUUUAUAAUACAUUGCUUUGGCUUCUGA